UGAGCACACAUACAUUAACUUGUGUUAACUAGUGUUGAAGACAUAGACUAGCAGAUAAAAAAUAACAAUAGUGUAUAGAAGAGUGAGGUAUAUUAUAAGUAAUGUAUAUAAUAGAUGAUAGAAGUUGUAUAUAUUGUUUGUAUAAUUAAAUGUUGGAACACAACAACAGAACACUUGUAAACAUUGACGAGUCUUCUUUAUUAGUGGCUCUCCCUAGCCCCUGCGGGUUUACCACCGCUUGUAAUACACUUGUAAACAUUGACGAGUCUUCUUUAUUAGUGGCUCUCCCUCGCCCCUGCGGGUUUACCACCGCUUGUAAUACACUUGUAAACAUUGACGAGUCUUCUUUAUUAGUGGCUCUCCCUCGCCCCUGCGGGUUUACCACCCCUUGUAAUACACUUGUAAACAUUGACGAGUCUUCUUUAUUAGUGGCUCUCCCUCGCCCCUGCGGGUUUACCACCCCUUGUAAUACACUUGUAAACAUUGACGAGUCUUCUUUAUUAGUGCUCUCCCUCGCCCCUGCGGGUUUACCACCGCUUGUAAUACAUAAAACUAGAUCAUCCUCACGGAUCUUGAUCCAACCAACUAUUGUGCCUCAAAAUGUACCCAUAUUACUGAUGGGUUAACAUAGACAACCAGUGUAAAGAAACAUGCCCAGUGUUUCUACCCUCGCUGGGAGUCGAACGCUGACUCUCACAGACAAACACCAGCACCCACAAUUUAAGAGGCAGUGUUUCAACCUGAAGAGAGAGAGAAAGAGAGAGAGAGAGAGUCUGAAACAACAUGGAGGCUUCAUGUUCUUGGUCAUCUCCAGACUUUGAUGUUGCAUUUGUGGUGUCAUAACUUGAGGAAAACAUUCUUUACUAUUUGAAAAUUUGUGACACACUCAGCACUUUUAAUUUUGGGAGUCACAAUAGUGAAGGUGUUAAAGACUUAAAUGACUUUUAUGACAAACAAUAAGAUGCAAGACAUUAGAGUUCCUUCAAGGAAACGGACAUAUCAGUGUUCUGAAUGUCUAAAAGAUUUUUCAUGUAGACCAUAUCUGACACAACACAUGAGAGUUCAUACACAAGGAAAACCAUAUCAGUGUUCUGAAUGUCAAAAAGACUUUUCAUGGAGAUCAUCCCUAAUAAAACACAUGAGAGCCCAUUCACAAGAAAAUCCAUAUCAGUGUUCUGAAUGUCUAAAAGACUUUUCAUGGAGAUCAUCCCUAAUACGACAUAUGAGAGUUCAUUCACAAGAAAAAUCCUAUCAGUGUUUGGAAUGUCUAAAAGACUUUUCACGGAGAUCAUCCCUGGUACAACACAUGAGAGCCCAUUCACAAGAAAAACCAUAUCAGUGUUCUGAAUGUCUAAAAGACUUUUCACUGAGAUCAUCCCUAAUACAACACAUGACAGUUCAUUCACAAGAAAAACCAUAUCAGUGUUCUGAAUGUCUAAAAGAUUUUUCACGGAGAUCAUCCCUAGUACAACACAUGAGAGCCCAUUCACAAGAAAAACCAUAUCAGUGUUCUGAAUGUCUAAAAGACUUUUCACAGAGAUCAAAUCUAAUACGUCACAUGAGAGUUCAUUCUCAAGAAAAACCAUACCAGUGUUCUGAAUGUCUAAAAGACUUCUCACAGAGAUCAACCCUAAUACUACACAUGAGAAUUCAUUCACAAGAAAAACCAUAUCAGUGUUCUGAAUGUCUAAAAGACUUUUCAAAUAGAUCAAUUCUAAUACAACACAUGAGAGUUCAUUCACAAGAAAAACCAUAUCAGUGUUCAGAAUGUCUAAAAGGCUUUUCACAGAGAUCAUCCCUAAUACGACACACGAGAAUUCAUUCACAAGAAAAACCGUAUCAGUGUUCUGAAUGUCUAAAGGACUUUUCACGGAAAUCAUCCCUAAUAGAACACAUGAGAGCCCAUUCACAAGAAAAGCCAUAUCAGUGUUCUGAAUGUCUAAAAGACUUUAAACUGAGAUCAAAUCUAAUGCGACACAUGAGAGUUCAUUCACAAGAAAAACCAUAUCAGUGUUCUGAAUGUCUAAAAGACUUUUCACGUAGAUCAUCCCUAAUGCGACACAUGAUAGUUCAUUCUCAAGAAAAAACACAUUAGUGUUCUGAAUGUCUAAAAGACUUUUCAAAUACAGUGGAUCCCCAGGUUAAGACAUCAUCAGAUUAGUAAUAACGUUUUUGCGUCAAAAUAUUGGCUCUGUUAAUGACAAUGAACUUG